CUUGAACGCAGCGCCAGCGGCGGUGUCCGGUCCGUUCGUGGUUAGCUUAGCGGCUAAACUUGCAGCCUGAAAGCGGAGUUUAACACGGUUUUCCACCGGUUUAACGUGGUCUCGGGGUGAUCGGUAUUCCGGUACCGACAGGACAGACGCGGCUCCCCUCGUCUUGUGACACCGGACCGGAGAUUAUUUCACAGGUGCAGAUUUAGGCCAAAAAGACAAAGUGAAAGAUCUCGAAGCUCCAGGAAACGCAACAAAACAGGUCUGAGACCAGUUUGGGAUGUCGCUUCCUACUGCAGAGCAGAGCAGAACCCAUUGUCACCUCCUCACGGAAGAAAAACCACACAUUUGUGAGGAGUGUGGGAAGGCUUUCACCAAAGUAGGCAACCUCAUAAAACACCAACGCAUGCACACCGGAGAGAAACCAUACCUCUGUGAUCAGUGUGGGAAGACUUUUACAUCAACAACUGGACUCCAAAAACACCAACGCAUCCAUAACGGAGAGAAGCCCUUCACCUGUGACCUCUGUGGAAAAACUUUCACUACGGCAAGCAUCCUCAAGAUACACGAACGUACCCACACUGGAGAGAGACCAUUCAGCUGUGACCAGUGUGGGAAGAACUUUACCCAAAGGAUCCACCUCACUAAACACCAACGCAUUCACACUGGCGAGAAACCCUACAGUUGUGCCUUCUGUGGAAAAACUUUCUGCUCAGCAGGUGAUCUCAGGACACAUCAACGCAUCCACACUGGAGAGAAACCAUUCACCUGUGACGUCUGUGGGAAGAAAUUCAACCUAGCAGGUAACCUCAAGAGACACAAACACAUCCACAUUGCAGAGAAACCAUUCAGCUGUGACCAGUGUGGAAAGAGCUUCAUUCAUGUGAAUGACCUUACAAAACAUCAACGCAUUCACGCUGGAAAGAAACCGUAUACCUGUGGCCAGUGUGGGAAGGCUUUUACAACAGCAAAUGGAAUGCGAAAUCACCACCAGAGGCACACUGGAGAGAAACUGCAAAUCUGUGACUUUUGUGAAAAACCUUUCACGUCAGCAGAUGCCCUCAGGGCACACCAACGCAUUCACACCGGAGAGAAACCAUUUGGCUGUGACCAAUGUGGGAAGAACUUCACUAAUGCAAGCGACCUUAAGAAACACCAACGCAUCCACACUGGAGAGAAACUGUACAGCUGUGACCAAUGUGGGAAGAAGUUCAUCCAAGCAAAUGUCCUUAGGAACCACCAACGCAUUCACACUGGAGAGAAACCCUAUGCCUGUGAUCACUGUGGGAAGCUUUUUAGAACAGCAGGUGAAGUCCGAGACCACCAUCGCAUCCAUACUGGUGAGAAACCUUACAACUGUGACAAUUGUGGAAAAGCAUUCAGAACCUCAUCAAACCUACGCCAUCACCGCCUCAAACACACCAGGGAGAUGGUGAUCCCAUGUGAGGUGUGUGGAAAGAUAUUCUUGACACCGCAGGGUUUUCACUAUCACUGGCGUACCCAUUCCCAGAAAAGUCUACUAGUGCAGACUAUGACGCUCAUCUUUCCCACUCUGCCUUCUGGACGUGAACGCAGCGCCAACAGCGGCGUUCGGUUUGUUAGUGUCAAGAUACUCCUCAAGUGGAACACAGAGCCUGUCCCAUUCCGUUGUCUCAAAGCAGUCCUGAAGUGCAUCGGCAGCCUCUUCUGUCCACCAUCUCACCGUCCUGACCAGUUUGGGAUGUCACUUCCGACUGCAGAGCAGAGCAGUGCCCAGGGUCACUUCCCCAUGGAAGAAAAGCCAUACAGUUGUGACCAGUGUGGGAAGGCUUUCACCAAAGUAGGCGACCUCAUGAAACAUCAACGCUUCCACACUGGAGAGAAACCAUUCAGUUGUGACCAAUGUGGAAAGAACUUCUUCCAAAUGAGUGACCUCAAACGGCACCGCCGCAUCCACACUGGAGAAAAACCAUAUACCUGUGACGAAUGUGGGAAGGCUUUUGCAACAACAGGUGGACUCCAAAUACACCACCGCAGCCACACUGGCGAGAAACCGUACAGUUGUUAUUUCUGCAGAAAAGCCUUCACUACAGCGAGUGCGCUCUCGACACAUCAACGCAUCCACACCGGAGAGAAAUUGUACAGCUGUAAUUUCUGUGGAAAAACUUUUGCCACAGCAAGUGCCCUCACGAAACAUCAACGCGUACACACCGGCGAGAAACCCUAUGCUUGUGAGCAGUGUGGGAAAGCUUUUGCAACAACUGAAGGACUCCGAAAACACCACCACAUCCACACUGGUGAGAAACCCUACACCUGUGACCAAUGUGGGAAGAAAUUCAACCAAAUGAGCAACCUCAGACGACACAGACAUGUUCAUACUGGAGAGAAACCAUUCAGCUGUGACCAGUGUGGGAAGAACUUUAUCCAAGCAAGCGACCUCACAAAACACCAACGCAUUCACUCUGGAGAGAAACUGUAUAACUGUGACCAAUGUGGAAAAUCUUUUUCUACAAUACCUGUUCUCAGGACACACCAACGCAUUCACACUGGAGAGAAACCAUUCAGCUGUAACUUCUGCAGUAAAGCUUUCAUUUCAGCUAGUGCCCUCACAACACACCAACGCAUACACACUGGUGAGAAACCCUAUACCUGUGACCACUGUGGGAAGGCUUUCAAAACAGGAGGUGAAGCUCGAAUACAUCACCGCAUCCACACUGGUGAGAAGCCCCACAGCUGUGAUGAGUGUGGAAAAGCUUUCAGAACCUCAUCUAACCUAUACAAACAUCGCCUCUCACACACUAAGGAGAUGGUGCUCCCAUGUGACGUGUGUGGGAAGAUAUUCUGGGCACCAGACACUUUGCGUCAACACCGGCGUACCCAUACCAAGACUAUGUUUGGCAUGUCACUUCCUACUGCAGAGCAGAGUGGAGCCCACUGUCACCUCCCCAUGGGAGAAAAACCACACAGUUGUGAACAGUGUGGGAAGGCUUUCACCAAAGUAGGCGACCUCAUGAAACACCAACGCAUCCACACCGGACAAAAACCCUACACCUGUGACCAGUGUGGGAAGGUUUUUGCAACGACAGGUGGACUUCGAAUACACCAUCGGAUCCACACCGGUGAAAACCUGUACAGCUGUAACUUCUGUGGAAAAAAUUUCACUACAUCAAGUGUCCUCAGGACACACCUACGUAUCCACACUGGAGAGAGACCAUUCAACUGUGACCAAUGUGGGAAGAACUUUAUCCAAGCAAGUGACCUCACGAAACACCAACGUACCCACACUGGAGAGAAACCGUUCAACUGUAACCAAUGUGGGAAAAACUUCUUCCAAGCAAGCGACCUUGCAAAACACCAACGUAUCCACAGUGGAGAAAAACCAUUCAGUUGUGACCAAUGUGGGAAGAACUUCCUCCAUUCAAGUGAUCUCACAAAACAUCAACGCAUCCACACUGGAGAGAAACCCUACUCCUGUGGCCAGUGUGGGAAGGCUUUUUCAAGAGCAAGUGGACUCCGGAUACACUGCCACAAUCACACUGGUGAAAAACUCUUCAGCUGUGCCUUCUGUGGAAAAGCUUUCACUACAGCAAGUGUCCUCAGAUCACACCAACGCAUCCACACUGGAGAGAAACCAUUCAGCUGUGACCAAUGUGGGAAGAAGUUCCUCCAAAUGAGCGACCUCAGACGACACCAACGCAUCCAUACUGGAGAGAAACCAUUCAGCUGUGACCAGUGUGGGAAGAAAUUUGGCCAUGCAAGCGACCUCACGAAGCACCAACGCAUCCACACCGGAGAGAAACUGUACAGCUGUGACAUAUGUGGAAAAGCUUUCACAACAGCAAGCGUCCUCACAACACAUCGACGCACCCACACAGGAGAGAAACCCUAUACCUGUGACCAGUGUGAGAAGGUUUUUGCAUCAGCAACUGCAGCCCGAGUACAUCACCGCAUCCACACUGGUGAGAAAUGUUACAGCUGUGACGAGUGCGGGAAAGCUUUCAGAACCUCAUGUAACUUACGCAAGCACAGACUCAUACACACCAGAGAGAUGGUGAUCCCAUGUGAAGUGUGUGGGAAGAUAUUCUGGACACCAGACUCUUGGCGCCAUCACUGUCAGACUCACACCAGGAAAAUUACCUACCAGUGCAGACAAUGUGACAGAUCCUUCCCCACCGCCACUCUUCGCACUAAACAUGAGCGUUCUAAACAUGCCCAUGUAGGACUCAGUCAUGGUAAAGUUCAGAAACUGACAAGCCCUGAGGUUCAAGAUCCACAGAGUCCAGCAAAGAUAAAAGCGAAGACACAUGUCUGUGACCAGUGUGGGAAGGCUUUUACUAUUGCAGGCAACCUAAGGAUUCAUCAAUGCAUCCACACUGGAGAGAAACCAUACAGUUGCAGCCACUGUCCAAAGGCUUUCACCAGUGCCGGAAACCUCAGAAGACACUGUUUCACCCACACUGGAGAGAAACCAUUCAUUUGUGACCAGUGUGGUAAGGGCUUCACCACCACAGACCACCUGAGAAUACACCACCGAGUCCAUACGGGGGAGAAACCAUACAGCUGUGACCAGUGUGGGAAAGCAUUCACUGCAGCUAGCCACCUGAGAUUACAUCAACGCAUACACACUGGAGAGAAGCGGUACAGCUGUGAGCAGUGUGGAAAGACAUUUAUCAAUGCACAUCUCUUGAGGAUACACCAACGCAUUCACACUGGAGAGAAACCAUAUUCAUGUGAUCAAUGCGGGAAGGCUUUUACCAAUGUCGGCGAUUUCAAAAGACAUCAGCGUGUUCACACCGGAGAGAGACCGUAUGGGUGUAACCAGUGUGGAAAGGCCUUUACUGAUGCAAGCGAUCUCAGACGACAUCAGCGCAUCCACAAUCAGGAGAAACCAUACACCUGUAACCAGUGUGGGAAGGUUUUCACUCAAGUGGGUAGCCUCAGAAGACAUCAACGCAUCCACACUGGAGAGAAACCAUACAUGUGUGAUCAAUGCGGAAAGGCUUUCGCUAGAGUGUUUGAACUCAGAACACACCAGCGCAUUCACACUGGAGAGAAACCGUACACCUGCGACCAGUGUGGGAAGGCUUUCAGAUCUUCAUCGACUUUACGUGUUCACCACUUAAGUCACACCAGGGAAAUGGUUAUCCCGUGUGAGCUGUGCGGGAAGAUAUUUUGGUCAUACUCUAACUUGUGGAAUCAUAAGCGCACUCACAUGAGGGAUAAAUCCUACGAGUGUGAACUUUGUGAAGAGUCGUUCACCUCAAUGGCUCAGCGUGCAGAACAUGAAUGUGCCUGUGAAGGAGACGAACAGGCCAGCUGUGUAAAAAAAAAUGAAGUCCGAAACCGGAGUUUAACGGGAGUCUUCACCGGUUUAACGGGGUCUGAGGUGGAGCCGUGUUCCGGUACUGACAGACAGAGCUGCUCCCGCCUUGUGACACCGAACCGGAGCUUUUUUCUCAGGAGGCGAUCCUUUUCUGGAGCAGCAGAGGGAAGUUAUCAGUCAUUGAGCAUCUGUUGUUCUUGUGUCAGAGGCGUAAUGGACUCUUCAAAAAAGAAACAAGGCAAACUUGGCCAGAAACCUAAAAGUCCUCUGGAAAAAGACAGAGUUCUCUCAACUCCUGCAAAAAUGGAGAAACCACAUGUCUGUGAUCAGUGUGGGAGGACUUUCAACAAAACACACAACCUCAGAAGACACCAACGCAUCCACACAGGGCUGAAUAUGUACACCUGUGACCAGUGUGGGAAGACGUUCACCACCGCGAGCAGCUGCAGAGUGCACCAACGCAUCCACACCGGAGAGAAACCUUAUGUCUGUGAAGAGUGUGGGAAGUGUUUUACCAAUACAAGUGAAUUCCGAAGACACCAACGUAUCCACACAGGAGAGAGGCCGCACAGCUGUGACGAGUGUGGGAAGAGUUUUAUCGGUGUGGGUGAUUACCGACGACACCAACUUAUCCAUAGAGGGGAAAAACCCCACAUUUGUGACCAGUGUGGGAAAACUUUUACUAGACCAAGCAACCUGAGAAUACACCAACAAGGCCACAAAGGAGAGAAACCAUAUACCUGUGACCACUGUGGGAAGACUUACACCCGGGUGAACAGCCUCAGAAUACAUCAACGUACUCACACUGGAGAGAAACCAUACACUUGUGACCAGUGUGGGAAGGAGUUCAAGUCUUCAUCUGAAUGCCGUGUUCACAGCCUUCGGCACACUAAGGAGUUGGUGAUACCAUGUGAGGUGUGCGGGAAAACAUUUUCAUCCAAUUUUUCUUGGCACAGGCACCAGCGUAACCACACUAGGGAGAAACCCUAUGAAUGUGGGCUUUGUGAGAGAUCAUUCGCCACGACAUGUCAACGUGCCAAACAUGACUGUACUUGUGAAAUAGUGGAACAGAGCAGCUGUGGAAAGACUGAGAGGAAUAAACAUCGCAAAGUUGGCCAGAAACCUAAAAGUUGCCAGAUGAAAGAUGGAAAUCAGCCAACUCCAACAAACACAGAUAAAACAUAUGCCUGUAACCAAUGUGGGAAGACUUUCACGAGAACAGACAGCCUCCGAGUACAUCAACGCAUCCACACCGGAGAGAAACUCUACAGCUGUGGCCAGUGUGGGAAGGCCUUCACCCAAGCAGGCAACCUCCGAACACACCAACGAAGCCACACAGGGGAAAAGCCGUUUAGCUGUGAUCAGUGCAGCAAGACUUUCACCAAAGCACACAAUCUCAGAAAACAUCAACGCAGCCAUAGUGUAGUGAAACCAUACUACUGUGACUAUUGUGGGAAGGCAUUCACUCAAAUGUGUAACCUGAAAAUACAUCAGCGCAUCCACACUGGAGAGAAUCUGUACGGCUGUCACCAGUGUGGGAAAGUUUUCACCAAAAUGAACCACCUCAGCACACACCGACUCAUCCACACUGGAGAGAAGCGAUACAGUUGUAACCAGUGUGGGAAAAGUUUCAUUGAUACAGGCAACCUCAAAAAACAUCAGCGCAUCCACACUGGAGAGAAACCAUACAGCUGUGAACAAUGUGGAAAGAGUUUCACUGAUGCAUCAAAUCUCAGAAGACACCACCGCAUCCACACUGGAGAGAAACCAUACAUCUGUGACCAGUGUGGAAAGGCGUUCACCCAAGUGGCCAAUCUCCGAUUACAUCAACAAAGCCACACCGGAGAUAAACCAUACAGCUGCGACAAGUGUGAGAAAUCUUUCUUCAGAGUGUUUGAACUCAGAACCCACCAGCGCAUCCACACUGGAGAGAAACCAUACAACUGUGAUGAAUGUGGGAAAUCUUUCAGAUCAUCAUCUAGUUUGCGCGAUCACCACUUCAGUCACACCAAAGAGAUGGUGAUCCCAUGUGAGGUGUGUGGGAAAAUAUUUUGGUCACCCUCCACUUGGAACAAUCACCAGCGUAUACACUCUAAAGAGAAACCCUACCAGUGUGGACUCUGUGAGAAAUCUUUUGCUACAACAUCUCUGCGUGCUGAGCAUGACUGUGCCCACAAAAGAGUGGAACUGAGUUGUGAUAAGACUGAGAAGAAUUUACAAGCUUGUUCCUUCACUCAGAACAAUAUAAAAAUAGAAUCGAGUUAGAAAAACACAUAUAGCUAUACUCAAUUCACACUGCAGCUGUUUGGUACAAUAUUUGGCUGAAGCUUUCAUCUGUCAUUUUUAUUUCUAGAUUGGCAUCAGUGGACAUCUGUGUAACUAGGCCGUAGAGAGCUGUGGACUUGGAGGAAUGGUCAUUUUCCAACUAUGUCCCAGGAUGUUGAACCCAGCAGACAUUCACCAAAGGAACCACUGGAAUGCAGUUUUGUGCAGUGGAACUUGAUAAAGCCGGAUGAGUUUCACUAAGAGGCUUUAGUACAAAUCUCUGGCAGAGAUGUGUGUUCCCGGGUACAUGUAAUGCAGGGCCCAGCAUGGAAUGGGUGUGGCCUUACUGGGGCCAGCCCACAUGUCACCACAUAUCCCUGUUAAAUUUCUUGCCCAAUCUAAUGACAGCUUUUCCUUAGUGACUGGUUCCUGCGUUCCCUGUGAUUUAUAACAGACAAUCAGUAGGUUUCCAAAGCUUUUUGAGCCCCUGUUGAGUUUCCUGGCCUUUCUGGGACUGGCAUGGCACAAACAGUAGAAUCAAGCCCAUUAGUCUGAUGCAGCCUGUGGUGCAUAUUGUCAGAGCUUUCCUGACAUCUGUCAAAUACAUUGAUGUGCCUUCUGAGCCUGAUAGAGCAUCAUUCUUGUAACCAUCCCAAAUAUGACAAAAGGUACCUCAGGUAGCCUUAGUAAAUAGGCUUAAGUCACUUUUACACAGAGAUCCUGGAAAAAGGUGAGAUGGUGAUUCCACCCUUUUUCCACCAUUGAUCGAUUUCCACGGCCAAGCCAAAGGAGGAACAGAGGUGAGACAGGCUGGACUUUUACACAGCAGACCUGCAUUCACCAAUCAAAGGGCGGCGACGCAGUGCAGCGGAUAGUGUGAUGUGUAACUUCUGCGUCGGAAAGUACCCUGAGCAUAGCAGUGUCGCUAACCUCUCCAGAGCCUUUCACCGUUCCACUAAUGUUAGCAUAGAGUCAUCAAGGCUCCCAAGGCCUGACCCACUGGAGUCAUUAAUCCACAGCCAAUCCUCAUGUGGCCUCCCACACAUGAACGCUGUCUCCACAGACCUGACCAGCAGUGGGUUUCAGAUAGUCCUAUAAACCAUUCAAGCUCCUUAUCCUGUCCAUGAGGAUGCAGCAGCAAUCUAAGAGGACAAACAUGGCCAGUCCCUCCAUCAGAACAGGAGAACCUCAAGCUCUGCUCUGCCAGCGUCACUAUUUCCAAUGAUGUCAUCAUCUGGUGAUAAAGGAACUGGGUUCUCCAGCUUCAGCCUUUCCGGUCAGACAAGGAUGAAGUGGACUGCUGAAAGCAGAAGGUGCUGCCUCUGUGGCACCAAGACACAAAACUGAGAACUUCUAAAAGAAAUACAUUUAUGGAAUCACACCACGUGAGACAACAUAAAUACUGAUCAGGUCAUUUGGAGAGAAAUCCCAGCACCUUCACCUUCAUGUAUUUGUAACUAAAAACAUUAACUUCUGAGAGUUUAAUGUUCUCAGAUGUUCAGCUAUUAUUCAUACUGCACAGCAUCAUUAAGAACAUUCAUACAACUUUGUUCUGUAAAGACAAUUAGAGGUCAAAGGUCAACUUCUCAGUAACAAUGUAGAGUCUGUAAAAGAAGAUCUACCUUUGACCAAUCUGCAUUUCCAUUGAGGGUCUAUGAAAAAUGGAUCAAAUGGUCUAAAACCACAGAGAUUCAGAUUUUUUCUGAAGCUAAAACAUGGAUUUGAAGACACAGCACUUUUAUCCCUGCAUCACUAUCUUUUUUUAUUUGAUAAUGUGUUCAGGUAGUGGUUGCAUGUUGUGGGGAUUGUGUUUCAUGGCGGUGGACGCUGUGGGGGUCGUCAGGCUCUGUAUAUACUUCUGAUCAUAUUAUCUUACAGGCAUCUACCACCUCAGUUCUGUAAUUGUGUUUUAUAUUUACUGUUGUGUUGACCUGCUCAGCAACUGCACAUGGAAAUGAUCUGGAACCUACAUGUGGUUCAAUACAUUUUACGCCGUCAGAUCAAUGAUUUAUGCAUGUUUACUGUUAAAAUAAAUGAGUAAACUAAUCAUUUUUA